GAUCGUGGUGUGAAUCUUACCCUGGGCGAGAGCUGCCAGGCCAACUUUGCUUCAGUGGGGCUGAAGCCAUCAGGGGUGGUGUGCAAAGCCUCCUUGCUGGAUCUCAUUCCGCCAAGUGGCUCAGAAAGCGUCGGCUCCCUGCCGACCUUGUCGCAGCUGGCGACUUCGAGGAGGCACUCGGCUUGCUGAAGCGGCGGCUCGGCUUGAUCAACGCAGAGCCUUUGGAGCCCAUUUUCAAGCAAGCUUACUGGGCUGCGUGUACAUCGUUGCCUGGCCUGCCGCAAAUGGCGUCGAUCCACUGGCCUCUACUUUCCGAGGGUAGCCUGAAGUCCAGGGAGAUUGCUCCGAUGGUGCUCUUUACCCCACAGGUGAUCCUGGAAAGGGUCAAGGAGGCCCACAAGAUGACCUCCGCGGGCAAGUUUAGUGACGCUCUAUCGGUCUUCCGAAGCGCUCUGCAGUCCAUCCCACUCUCGGUGGCCAACGAUGCCAACGAAGAGCGACAGCUCACGGACAUGAUUGAGAUGUGCAGAGAGUACGUGACCUUUGCAAGACUACAGGUGACUAGCAAAAAGCUGACUCCCGACAAGGCUGCGAGACAGAUCGAGCUCAACGCCUACCUCACCUGCUGCAAGCUGCAGCAGUUCCACCAGUUCCUAACCCUAAAGACGGCCAUGGGCAUCGCCUUCAAGAACGAGAACUUCGUGAGCGCCGCGUCCUUUGCGAAGAGGAUGAUACAGGGCAACUUCGGUCCAGCCGAAAAGCAUAAAGAUGCCCGAAGCUGA